GGAGUUUGCCGUCGAUAUUGUGUCUUCGUUAGCAACUUCUGUCAAUAAUGAAUACCCCACCACGACAGUUGUCAGUUAAUUCAUGAUGAUUCAAGACGAACAUGUGAGACUGGCGUUUUUCUUCUUAACACUGGUUUCCAUUUGCAAGGCAUCAUGUCAACAAGAGGGACACCUGAUAUCCAACGCGCGAAUUAUUAGAUCAUCUUUCCAUAUACUUUCUACACCUGGCAUAAACUCGUGUGUAGCGAACUGCCAAAUGCAUGUGAUAUGUAGAUCGUUCAGCUACCACAUCCUCAGCCAUGUCUGCUAUCUUAACUAUGUGGACACCAACUCAUCAAGUAUAAUAAUGAGCAGUGAAGAUGGCUAUGUAUCUAGUGACAUCAGCACCUGGAGUAAGAGAUUGGACGGACCCUGCAGUGCAGUGACGUGCGGUGUACAUGACAGAUGUACUGUGGACAGAACAGGCGUCGAUGCAUGCUCUCCGGUGUCUAUUAGUGGCGAUCAUCCCUACAUUCUUGUUCUUAAUACGUCUGUGUGGGAGACGGCAAGGCUGAACUGUAUGUCUUCAUUUGGAGGACACCUGGCAAUUGUGGACUCCAUUGACAAGAUCAACUUUCUGACAGUAUUAAUUAAUGCUACAGGAGACUUCUUCCUCAGAAAGUUCUACAUCGGUGCCUCGGAUAUACAGGAGGAAGGCAGCUGGAGAUGGAUGGAUGGGAGUCCCCUAAACUUCACGUACUGGAGACCCGGACAACCAACAAGCACGCCUGAUCAGGACUGCCUUGCGUGGAAAUUUGGCGAUGGAUGGAGAAACCGCCCAUGCACAGAUAACAUCUUCUCUAUCUGUGAAAGGUCGUUUUAAACAAAUUAAAUCUGAA